ACUCACACACGCCUCUUCUCCUCCACGUGUGUGUGGAUCUCCCUCCCCUCCACCGCCACCACACACAAGCCGCCAUGUUUCUGCACGCACCGUUUUCCAGGGACAACUUCAAUCCUCACCUCCAUCACGCACCGUGGCCAUCACCCCCCACCCCCCCCCCCCCCCCCCCCCGGUCUGCUCGUGCUCCUAGACACCGUCAGCGCUGUGAGGUUCCACCGCAAUUAAUGCGCCUUAUUGGAAGCAAGGAAGACUCCCCCCCCCUCCCCAUCCCACCACCGACUCCCCUCCCUCUCCUUUUGUUUUUGCAUCGCGCACGUGUUCCGGAGAAGAGCAGCCGUUGCCGGCCCUGGGAAGUGUGGUGCGGAUGGCCGCUGCUGGGGCGAGCCGAGGGCCGGGUGAAGAGGGCCAGCAGGUGUUCCACGGCACAGGCUAUUGCAAGUGGUUCAACGUGCGCAUGGGCUUUGGCUUCAUCGCCAUGACGAACCGCGAGGGCCAGCCGGUCGACCCGCCGCAAGACGUCUUUGUCCACCAAAGCAAGGUGUUCAUGGAGGGCUUCCGGAGCCUGCGCGAGGGCGAGCUGCUCGAGUUCAGCUACCGCAAGUCGGCCAAGGGCCUGGAGACGAUCCGCGUGACGGGCCCCGGCGGGGCGCCGUGCGCGGGCAGCGAGCGCCGGCCCAAGAGCAAGGCGGUGCCCAAGCCGCGGCGGCCUCGCGGAGACAGGUGUUACAACUGCGGGGGGCUGGAUCACCACGCCAAGGAGUGCACCCUGCCACCGCAGCCCAAGAAGUGCCACUUCUGUCAGAGCACCAGCCACAUGAUGGCCAACUGCCCGCUCAGAGGUGCGGGAGGACCCCCAGCCGGGCCCUCUUCUGGACCGGGCCACUUUGGCCCUCACCCCGAGUCAUCCUCGUCCCACUCUCCCUGACACCCCCCCCCCUAACC